AUGCCAUAUUCUCUCAAGAAUCGGAAUGUCCUGGUGACUGGUGGAUCAAGGGGUUUAGGGGCUUUCAUAUGUGAGAGAUUCGCAGAAGAAGGAUGUAAUGUGGCUGUCAACUAUAUCAGCAACAAAGAAAGAGCCAACCAAGUGGCUGAAAAGUGUAGAAGCAAGUUUGGGGUCAAUGCUGUAGUCCUUCGAGCAGACAUUAGUGUCUCCUCGGAUGCCGCUUAUCUAGUGAAGGAAACUUUGGCGCAACUUGGAGGGCUCGAUAUCAUUGUGCAUAAUGCCGGCUGGACGAGGAUGGCUGAUUUCGGCGACAUCAAUGAUCUCAGCCUCGAUGAAUGGAAUAAGUACUGGGAUAUCAAUGUUAUAUCUCAGUUAGUCUUGAUGCAAGAAGCCGUUCCAAUAUUCAACGCAAAUACGGACGGUGGGGCAUUGAUUAUUACCUCAUCAAUAUCUGGUGUAAACACUGGGGGAAGUAGCAUGGGUUAUUCUGUGGCAAAGGCGGCGGGUCUUCAUCUUAUGAAAUGUCUUGCCGUCACACAGGGACCGAAAAUAAGGAUCAAUGCCGUACUCCCAGGUCUUCUCCUAACCGAGUGGGGAAGGAGAUUCGGUGAAGAGCGAAUUGAGGCUGCUAAAAAGUCGGCUGCCUUAAAGCAGGAGACCAUGUUAGAUGAUUGCGCGGAUGCCUUCAUCUCCAUUGCGAAAAACUCAUCCAUGACAGGCCAGCAGGUCGUUGUUGAUGCUGGUACCCUCAUCCGAUAG